UUACGUGUUUCUCACAACCUGGCACUGCUUGUUUGUGAAGGCGCAGCCUCUACCGUUGCUGCUUGUCUGACAUUUGCUUGCAGGCGAAUCUGUCAGGUUGAAGUGGCCGCCUUCCUUCAGGGCUUCCUUGAAAUUCCAUCAAGCGUCUCUCGUUAAGAGCACGCUUUUAUCAAAAUCCUCGUUUUUUCUAGAAGCAGCCAUGGCGCUUGCAACCAACGCCACUAACGCUGGCCUGACAGCGAGCGCGGAGCUUGCCUCCUCCCUCUCGCAACGCUCGGCUGCACCAGCGCCAGCUCAGCAGCUCGCCUUCGCGUCGUCCGCCGCAUUCGGCGCGACGAAAUCCACCCGCGUCAAUGCCACGUCAGCCAACCGCGUGCAGCAUCAAACCAGGACGAACCAGCCUGGAAACAUCCGGUGCAAGGACUACCCGAAGCCGGAUUUCGACUCCGAGCCGCAGAGAGAGGCUCAGCAACUCUCGGCCUCGUUUAAGAACCUCCCGCGGCCCGAGAAGCCGCUGAAGGUGGCUAUUAUCGGCGCCGGAUUGGCUGGUCUGAGCGCGGCGAAGUACCUGGUGGAUGCGGGCCACAUCCCCACCGUCUAUGAGGCGCGCGACGUGCUUGGCGGGAAGGUCGCCGCGUGGCAGGAUGAGGAUGGCGACUGGUACGAGACCGGCCUUCACAUUUUCUUUGGAGCCUAUCCGAACAUGAUGGAGCUGUUCAAGGAGCUGGAUAUCGAGGACCGGCUGCAGUGGAAGGAGCACUCGAUGAUCUUCGCCAUGCCCGACAAGCCCGGCGAGUUUUCCCGCUUCGACUUCCCCGACCUGCCCGCGCCCGCCAACGGCGUGGUGGCCAUCCUGCGCAACAACGAUAUGCUCACGUGGCCCGAAAAGGUCCUCUUCGGGAUCGGUCUUCUGCCCGCCAUGAUCCAGGGCCAAUCGUACGUGGAGAAGCAGGACGGGCUGUCGAUCUCGGACUGGAUGCGCAAGCAGGGCGUGCCGGAGCGCGUGAACGAGGAGGUGUUCAUCGCCAUGGCCAAGGCGCUCAACUUCAUCGACCCCUGGGAAAUCUCCUCCACCGUCAUCCUUACGGCUAUGAACCGCUUCCUGCAGGAGAGGCACGGCUCCAAGAUGGCAUUCCUGGACGGCCCGCCCACCACUCGCCUGUGCCAACCCAUGGUGGACCACAUCACCCAGGGCGGCGGACAGGUGCUGCUGGAGAAGCGACUGAAGAGCAUCGAGGUGAACGACGACGGCUCGGUCAGGUGCCUCAAGUUCCAGGGCGGGGAGGAGGUCACCGCGGACGUGUACGUGUCCGCCAUGCCAGUGGACCCCCUCAAGCUGCUGCUGCCACCUGCAUGGAAGGCCGACCCCUUCUUCCAGAAGCUGGACGGGCUGGAGGGCGUGCCCGUGAUCAACGUGCACCUCUGGUUCGACCGCAAGCUCACCACCGUGGACCACCUGCUGUUCUCGCGCUCCAAGCUGCUCUCCGUCUACGCCGACAUGUCGGUGACCUGCAAGGGGUAUGCGGACGAGAACGCGAGCAUGCUGGAGCUGGUGUUUGCCCCGGCGAAGGACUGGAUUGGGAGGAGCGAUGAGGACAUAGUGCAUGCGACGAUGGUGGAGCUGGAGCGGCUGUUCCCCACGGAGGUGCGGGCGGACGGCAGCAAGGCGAAGCUGAAGAAGAGCAUCGUGGUGAAGACGCCGCGCUCCGUGUACAAGGCGGUCACCGGCCGGCAGGCGUACCGCCCCGGGCAGACCACCCCGAUUUCCAACUUCUACCUCGCUGGCUGCUUCACCAUGCAGAGGUACCUGGCGUCAAUGGAGGGGGCCAUCCUGUCAGGCAAGCAGUGCGCUGAUCAGAUCGCCAGCAGGGAGGCGGGGCGCAAGGCGCUCACGGGCAUUUCAGUGGAGGAGUUCCUCAAGAGGCAACCAGAGUUGGCCACCGUUUCCCUUGUUGCGGCUCUUGGGGUUGCUGGCGCGGCUGCUGCUCUUCUUGUGGCCACAACAGCAGCUACUGCUUUGCCACUGUGAAACUUGGUACAAUUUGUCCUGUUUGCUCUCAAAUAACCCAUUUUCUUAUGAGACCCUAUCAGCGAUUGAGUUGCACGCAGUUCCUCAUUUUUGUUUGGUGCGAAUAGUUUAGUCGAGGUAUUAAUAAAUUGUUCCUAAUGCAUUCCUGAAAUCAU